ACAAAUCUUCUCUUAAUUUAUUAAGUCCUUCCUCUUCUUCUCCUUCUUCUUCUUAUAAAAUCUCUAGUGUUGUUUUGCAUCAAUGUCUUGCCCAAGAGAACAAGAAAUGAUGGAAAGAAGAAGAGAAGAAGAAGGUGGUGAGAUGAAGAUGAACAUUAAUAUUAAUGAAGGAUUUGGAGGAGAGGAAGAAGAAGAUGAAGAUGAGUAUACAAUGGAUGGAUCAGUGGACAUCAGAGGAAACCCUGCAAGCAAAAAUAAGACCGGUGGAUGGAUUGCUGCUUCUCUUGUUCUUGUGAAUCAAGGGUUGGCAACACUAGCAUUCUUUGGAGUGAAUGUGAACUUGGUGUUGUUCUUAACAAGGGUGUUAAAACAAAACAAUGCUGAUGCAGCCAAUAAUGUGAGCAAAUGGACAGGGACUGUUUACAUAUUCUCACUAGUUGGUGCCUUCCUCAGUGACUCCUAUUGGGGCAGAUACAAGACUUGUGCCAUCUUCCAGUUCAUCUUUGUCCUUGGUUUGGUGUUGCUGUCCUUGUCAUCCUACCUGUUCUUAUUGAAACCCACAGGAUGUGGAGGGGAAGUCACUGCAUGUGGACCACAUUCAGGUGUAGAAGUUGGUCUUUUCUAUCUCUCAAUUUAUAUGACUGCCCUUGGUAAUGGUGGCUACCAACCCAACAUUGCCACUUUUGGGGCUGACCAAUUUGAUGAAGAGAACCCUAAAGAGUCCCACUCUAAGAUCUCAUUUUUUAGUUAUUUUUACUUGGCCCUCAAUUUAGGAUCCUUAUUCUCCAAUACUUUUUUGAGUUACUUUGAAAAUGAGGGCUCUUGGGCUUUAGGCUUUUGGGCUUCGGCUGUGUCAGCGUUUGUUGCUCUUGUCUUGUUUUUGGGUGGGACUCCAAGGUACCGAUAUUUUAAGCCCGGUGGAAACCCACUUUUUAGGGUUGCUCAAGUUGCAGUGGCAGCGGUGAGGAAGUGGAAAAUUAAGAUGGCAAAUGGUGGUGAGAAUUUAUUUGAAACUGAUAUUAAGGAGUUUUCAUCAACCAAUACUGGUAUCAGAAAGAUACUUCAUACGGAGGGUUUUAGAUUUUUGGACAAAGCAGCAUACGUAGACAAUGAAGAAGACAUGAACACAAAGAAAAAAGAGAGAAACCCAUGGAGGUUGUGCACCAUAACUCAAGUAGAAGAAGUGAAAUGCAUUCUCAGACUUCUCCCAAUCUGGCUUUGCACAAUCAUCUACUCAGUUGUGUUCACUCAAAUGGCUUCUCUUUUUGUUGAGCAAGGUGCAGCCAUGUCUACAAAAGUUUUCUCAUUUCCCAUUCCUCCGGCCUCCAUGUCUGCCUUUGAUAUCCUCAGUGUAUCUGUUUUCAUUUUCCUUUAUCGCCGUGUUCUUCAUCCACUCUUCUCCAAACUCCGGAAAGAUCCUAAAGGCCUUACUGAACUUCACCGAAUGGGUGUCGGUCUAAUCAUCGCCGUCAUUGCCAUGAUUUCCGCCGGCACCGUCGAACAUUACAGAUUAAAACACAAAGGACAUCUAUCAAUUCUUUAUCAAAUCCCACAAUAUGUUCUUAUUGGAGCAUCUGAAGUAUUCAUGUAUGUUGGCCAACUUGAGUUCUUCAAUAGUCAAGCACCGGAUGGAUUGAAAAGCUUUGGAAGUGCAUUGUGCAUGACUUCAAUGUCUUUAGGUAACUACUUCAGUAGUUUACUUGUAAGUUUGGUAAUGGACAUAACCACUAGUCACCGUCAUGCCGGUUGGAUUCCGGCCGACUUAAAUAAGGGUAAUUUGGAUCGGUUCUACUUUUUGUUGGCAGCAAUGACUAGUGUUGAUUUUGUAGUUUAUGUUGCUUGUGCCAAAUGGUACAAGUGCAUAAAACUAGAACCAAAAUCUAGUCAUUAUCAAGAUGAUGAUGAUGAAGAAGAAGAUGAAGAUGAAUAUGAUCAGAAUGAAAGUGAAGGAGGUAUUAUUACUAGUGUCUAGCACUAUGAUCACUAAUUAAAAAGGGUAUAGAAAUAAGUGUUAGAAAUAACAACACAUGAUCAUCUUUCUCUUCUUGAGUUUAAUUUCUCCUUCCUUUAAUUUGCUUGAUUAACUAAUUAACUCCAUUUGUGGCAUCAAAAGAUAAAAGGGGCUUUUUUUUAAAUGGGUGAUUUGGAGGGAGAAAUGAUGAUGAUGUUAAUGAUAAUUAUUGUUUGAUAUAACUUUGUUUGUGGAGGAGCUAGAGGAUUCCAGAAUGUGAAGAAGAGAGCCUAACUUUAUUAGAUCUCUUUUCUGAUUCUGUAAAGCUUUGUAUUUUGUAAUGGGUAUUGGUAUUGUUUAUUUUGCUUGUAUUGUGAAAAUUUAAUGAAAAAAAAAACAGAACUUUGUGUUCA